GUGGGUUUCUCCAGGAACAGAUCGGGACGGCAUCUCCCAAGCUGCUGCCCCCCCCACCCUGUGGCUCCUGUCAGAGCAUGCCCAGUGCAAGCCUUGGCCUGGGGUCCAGUAUCCCCUUUGCACUGAGGGGCUGCCCCUAAGGGGCCGUGGAAGAGGCUGCCCUCAGCUGCAAGUCCUUGUCUCUGGAAGGAGGAGGAAAAGGGGGUGGUCUCCAAGGCAGCAGGAUUUGCUCUGCGUGAUCCAAGAACUCAACCCUUUGCAGGGCUUUCUGAAAAAUGCUUGCCUGCCUGGGCCAGGGAAAACUGUGGGAUGUCGUGCACGAGAGCUUCACAGAGCAACAGUUGCAGUCCUAUGUCGCCUGGGUGAAUUCACAGCUCAGGAAGAAGCCAGCAGUUAAACCGGUGCAGGAUUUGAGACGGGACCUCCGAGACGGCGUGGUCCUCGCUUCUCUCAUUGAGGUUGUAGCUGGAGAGAAACUGAAUGGCGUGGAGGUCAUGCCCAGCAACCCGCAGGCCAUGAAGGAGAACGUGGAAAAAGUCCUACAGUUCGUGGCGUCGAAAAGGAUCCGCAUGCACCAGACGUCGGCUAAAGACAUCGUUGAUGGGAACCUGAAAUGCAUCAUGAGGCUGAUCCUUGCUUUAGCUGCUCAUUUUAAGCCUGGCUCCAGCAAAAUCGCUUCGUCAAGCACUGUAGAAAAGAACUCUGGGGGAACUGGAAUGUCGUCGGCCCGUCACAGGCCUCGCUCGGCCAUGGCUGUCGCCCAAGAUGCGGUGGCUGCCCUGGCAGAUGUGCGCCAGGAUGUCUCCAGACUGGGUCGUGAUGUCUUCCAGCACCGUCAAAGGAACAGCAGCCUGGACGAAGGGAUUGAGCGACCGCACUGGAGCGUUCGGGCACUCGUCCAGCAGUACGAGGGACAGCAGAGUGGCCCUUCGGAGUCCCCUUCCUCCAGCCUCACCUCCCCCAGCCCUAUCAAUAGUGCAAAGAGUGAGUCCUGCACUACACCUUCCGAGGAGAAGGCAGGAUUUGACAUUGGUCGUGAGGAAGAAGAUGGAGAGGAAAAAGCAGGAACAAGAGCAGAGACCUGGAGCCGUGCUUUUCCGGAGUUAGACCACAGACGUGUUGUGUCCCUUGCAGAAGAAAAUGGCUCUCGGUUGCCCACCGAAUGGUCGCCAAAGUGUCCUGCCCCAAGUCUGGAGACUUCCUGGGAGGAUCACCUCCUGGAGCAGCAGGAUCACUUAGAGAAAGAAAUGGAAGAAGCCAAAAAGAUGAUUUCCGGAUUGCAGGCGCUGUUGCUCAACGGGUCAUUGCCUGAGGAUGAGCAAGAAAGGUCGCUGGUCCUCUGCGAAGAGGAGGCCUGUCCGGAAGAGCAGCUGGUCAUAAUCCGGAGCCGGCUGGAUCAGAGCCUGGAGGAGAACCAGGACCUGAAGAAGGAGCUGCAGAAAUACAAGCAAGAAAGCCGAAACCUGCAGGGAGUGAAGGAUGCCCUGCAGCAGCGGCUGGCCCAGCAGGACACUCUGAUGCUUCAGAUAAAGCAGGAACUGCUGAGAGCAAACAUGGAAAAGGAGGAGUUGCACAGCCAGAAUGCUGAUCUCCAGAGGAAAGUGGAAGAGCGGAAUCGGCUUCUGGCGGAACACAAAAAAGAGUUAAGCCAGAAGGACAGGCACCUGCACCAACACCAGGCCAAGAUGGAGGAAAUGCUGCGCCAGCUCUCCGAGGCGGGCUAUCAGCAGGCUGAGUUGGAACGAGAGCUGGAGCACAAGGAAGUUCUGCUCGCCCGCUGCCUGAAGAAGGACAUGGAGGAGCAGGUGAUUGUGUACAGCAACCACAGCUGUCAGAGCAACGGCUCCCUCCAGACGGUGGGAAAAGGAACGGCUUCCGCGGCGCACAGAGGGACCAGCGACCUGCAGCUGGUGCGCGAGGCCCUGCGCAGUUUGCGGAACAGCUUCAGCGGCCAUGACCCCCAGCACCACACCAUCGACAGCCUGGAGCAGGGCAUCUCCAGCCUCAUGGAGAGGCUGCACCGCAUGGAGAUGCAGAAGCGGCAGGAGAAGAGGGUCCGAGGGAAGUCACCUGCAGGCCACGCAGUGAAUGAAUACCGGGAAUCUUGGCCUUCCAAUUCCAAACUGCCUCAUUCUCACAGCACCCCUGCCGUGAGCAGCAGUGCCUGCACCAAAGUCCUGUACUUUACGGAUCGCUCCCUCACCCCGUUUAUGGUCAGCAUCCCAAAGAGAUUAGGGGAGGUGACGCUACGGGACUUCAAAGCAGCUAUUGAUCGGGAUGGAACACACCGGUACCACUUCAAAGCCCUGGAUCCAGAGUUUGGCACAGUCAAAGAGGAGGUUUUCCAUGAUGAUGAUCUUAUUCCCGGGUGGGAGGGAAAGAUUGUGGCGUGGGUGGAAGAGGACCAUGGGGAGAACUAAAACCCUCACUGUCUGCUGCUGGACGUGCCAGAUGCUGACCAAAAAAAACUACGUGUGAUUCAAACUGCCAAAUGAAGGAACAGGGAUGAACUUUCGCUUUGAGCAAGGAUGCCCAGCACAUUACAGCCAAAUACUGUCUCAUUCAACAGUCCCAAUGCACCCCUUCUGUAUUUAGCCAGGGAUGGUCCUAAAAGAUGUGAUUCUUUGCUGCUCCAUCCUGCCGCUUUUGAGAAUCUGGAGAAGUUCAGUUGGCAACGGACGGUAUUUCAAGAUUUGCACGUUUGCAAUGAUGGCCAAAACUAGACACUGUUUUCCAGCGCUGAUGUAGCGCUUGCCAGCAAUUUUUUUCCAAGGAACUCUGUGCCCAGGACCCUCUCCUGCAACAUCAGGCACCAGCAGGAUCUCCUCCAGAGGACAAAUGACUUGUGGUCUAGAUCAGAGAGGAUCUACUUGACCGUAUUGUAUUGGAGGGGGCAGGAUGAUUACUUUUGCUUUUAUUGUUUUGCAUUCUGGUCUUGAAACUGCUGUUACUUUAUUUGAGGGUGUGAAAAAGAUUGUUACCCUUUGCUUUAGUGCCCAUGUUCCCCUUCUGGUUUUGCACUGGGAAAAAGACCCCAAGGUCCACAUCUCUGCUUUCCCAGGGACCAAUUGGCACAACGCAAUCUUCUCUGUCCUCCUUUCCCUCUGGAUGCAGUUUGAUUAAUCAUCACCACCAGCAUCGGGGGGAAGGCAGACGUCUUGGUUUUCUAUAGCUUGGUUUGAAUCCAUGACACUGAUUUUUCCGCCUAGUAGCUAAUUUUCUUUUCCUGUCAGCCUUAUCAACCAAGAUGGAUAGCUAAGAGGUGUCGCGUAUGUUUUCAGAUAAACUUCCACCAGGGCAUUACAACAGGAUUUCUGGAAGGUCUGUCAGCAGAAAGAGGGCAAAACCCCAGCCCUUCUUUAUAGUCUGGUCUGAAGCUGUUGCACACAACACCAGCAAUUGUGGGGUGGUGUUUUCCUAUUGCCCUGCUGGCUCUUCUGCUUACAGAAAAUAAGUCAUCUGCCUUGCUUGCCUCAAGCAAACAAGAAUUUUAAUUUUGCCUGCCGGUGUUCAACCCACCACCUUUUUGUGGUGUGCAAAAUUGGUGGUUCAGCCUCGGGAAUCAGCCAGAUGGUGAUCUUAGCUACUCCUGGAUCUGUAAGCAGAGUGUUGCACCAGCCGGACCUCAGACACAAACAGUCCAGACACACAUACUUUGUGCAUAACUAGAGUUUGUACAGAGAUUGCAGAUACUCGAUCCAGCAGAGUAAAUUAUUGUUAGCUCUGUAGGAGAAGCACGCCUGGACAGAUCGUUUGGGGAAAAUAUUUGGAUACACGGAGUGUUUGCAAUUAUUCUGUACAAGCCUCAGUUAGUUCCUUAUAAGCCAGUCAGUAGACCAAAGUCAUCACAAGCUUAGAGUCACAUACAUAGGCGGCUGUAAGAGGCUAUGAUGAUGUCAUGUGUGUGACGUCACCCGCCCACCCCAUGCAGAAGCGCAUGACAAUAACUCCUUCGACAACUCCUGUUUUUGUGCUCUAAAAUGCUGAAUUAGGAAUGGGGAAGUAUCCUGUUUGCACACCCUUGGCCCUGCUUUGAUGAACAGCCAGCGGGGUCCAGAGAAACCCAGCAUUUGCCUUAGGCACCCCAGAAUGUGGUCGAAUCGGUUGCUUUGCUGCCAACUUUCCUAACAUUGCAGCGCCAGGCUCCAAAGCCUGCGUGGCUGCUAGUGCGCACCGGCUAUCUGAAUGAACGUCCGCCUGUCCAGCAGUCUGUCGUUUUUGUGGGAGGCUGAAAGUGGGAAAGAAAUGGUGUCUUUGAUCAUUUUAUAGAUUUGAACAUAUCCUUUUGGUAAACUUGUUCCUGUUUCUUGGAAUUAUUUUGUAUUGGUUUACAUUGUUGUUGAACAAGGACAGUGUAUAUUUUUA